AUUUGUAAAAACUUUGCAGAAGUACAACCGCUUUCCCUCUUCAAACAAGCUCCGAGUCUACAAAAAUUGUUCGAUUUUCCAGUCAUUUCCCGUGGUCAGAAGACAUAGCAUGGUCAGGAGUGUUGAGUGCUAAGGGAUGGAAGUUCUAAUUCGACUGAACAGCCAAACGGCUGGACGUGACAAAUCUGCCAGAUUCAUCCAGUACCUGUGCAAGGCUCUGUGGGACACCCUCGAGUCUAAUGAUGUAAAUAGUCAGUUAAUUGAUCAAUUGAGGACCUUUGAACUCAGCCUCAGCACAUUCCGGAAAACUCUGCGAUUCGGGAAAUGUGUCGAUGUGUUCUAUUCGUCACUGGCCUCCCUCCACCACUCGGAUGCUGUGGUCAGGAUUACUGUGACCUUGAGCCGGCUGGCCAGUUCGAUGUUCCUCUUCUGUGACCACAUCGUCUGGUUCGCCCGGACGGGAUUUGUGAAGAGUGUGAACGUUGAGAAGUGGAACAGAUUGUCCAAUAAGUAUUGGCUCUUUUCCAUGGUGAUGAAUCUGAUUAGAGAUUUCUACGAGAUCAAGCGCCUUCUGCAGAUGCAGCCGCCAAAGAAGAACCCGGAGAAUAAAGUAAGACUGCCCCUGGACACUCUUCGGUGUAUCUGUGACCACAAGGCUGUCAUGUGGGAUACAAUUAAGAAUGUAUGUGACUUGUUCAUUCCUUUAAAUGGGUUGGGUAUCGUUCGGUUGAAUCCCAGGACAAUUGGGCUUCUGGGAUUGAUCUCAUCUCUGGCUGGGCUCGUGGCUCUGAUUGAGCCAACGGCAAAACUUUCACCGGCUUGAGGCACAAGGUUCGCGGAAUAUGGUAGGUAGCUAAAGACGACUUUUCUAUGUGGGCCAAAGGUUAAUGAGGAAUUAUUAGCAUUUUAUCACUCUGUGUGAGUUCUUUCAUUUGGUGUGACUGUAAAAUCGUUGAGAUUUCCACAAAAUAAAUUAUUUUGUUAAAUAUA